AUGGCGAAAUCAUCAAAAACCACCGUCGCGCAGUCUCUCUUCUUAGCCACUUCCAAUGGCGAAAUCAUAAAAAACCACAGUCACACAGCCGCGCUACUUGACCCUGCGAACAUUCCAUCACUCGAUGGGGCAAAAUCUUUCCACGCUCUCGUCACCACAAUGGGCUCGUUCCCAAAUCAAGUACCCGUUUUCCUUCACAACAAUAUCAUCUUCAAAUAUGCAUCCCUCGGCGAGAUCGAUAUGGCCCGCAAGAUGUUCGAUGGAAUGCCGCAAACAAACGUCGUCUCCUAUAAUACCAUGAUAGGCUGCUACGGUCGGGCCGGGUCCAUACACGCGACCCCACGUGGCAUCUUCUUCUUCCUUCCCUCUCCCAGAAGCUUAAACCCCCAAAAUCUCCAUUUCCAAUCUCCUUCCAAGCUCUCAUAUGUAACUAAAAUGAUGAAAUUGGCCCUGCCCUACCACCACUCCUUCUCCCCAAUCCUAACGCCGCCAUCCACCGCCGUCCCCAACCUCCUCUUCCCGCCCAAUUUCCACCGCCGCCGCCGCCUGAUCCACCUCCCGGUUUCCCGCCGCAGCCUCUCCGUAAUAGCCAGAUCGAGGAAACAGUUUGUCUACGGCAACCCCAGCGUCACCGUCGAGAAGGGCAAGUACAGCUACGAAGUCGAAACCCUAAUCAACAAUCUCUCCGGCCUCCCGCCACGCGGCAGCAUCUCGCGGUGCCUCGAACCUUUCCGGAACAAGCUCUCGCUCUCCGACUUCACCAACGUGUUCCGGGAGUUCGCCCAGCGCGGCGACUGGCAGAGGUCCCUCCGCCUGUUCAAGCAUAUGCAGCGCCAUAUAUGGUGCAAGCCCAAUGAGCACAUUUACUCUCUCGUCAUCGGGAUCCUCGGUCGGGAGGGGCUUCUGGAUAAAUCAGCGGAGAUUUUCGAAGAGAUGGAAAUGGAUUCUGUCCCAAGAACCGUGCUUUCUUACACAGCGAUUAUUAACACGUACGGUAGGAAUGGGCAGUAUGAGGUUGCUUUAGAACUGCUCGAGAGAAUGAAGAAGGAGAGAGUCUUGCCGAAUAUCUUGACUUACAAUACUGUUAUCAAUGCUUGUGCCCGAGGUGGGUACUCGUGGGAGGGGCUGUUGAGUUUGUUUGGUGAAAUGAGGCAUGAAGGCAUUCAUCCCGAUUUAGUUACUUACAAUUUGCUUUUGGGUGCGUGUGCUAGCAGAGGUUUGGGGGAAGAGGCAGAGAUGGUUUUCAGGACGAUGAUUGAGAGUGGGGUUUCACCAGACAUUAACACGUACAGUUGUUUAGUCGAGACAUUUGGGAAGUUAGGGAAACUGGAGAAAGUUUCGGAGCUUCUUGCUGAGAUGGAGGCUGAUGGGAAUUUGCCAGAGAUAAUGAGUUAUAACGUGUUGCUGGAGGCGUAUGCCAACUCGGGGAAAAUAAAAGAGGCUAUGGGUGUUUUCAGGCAGAUGCAGGCUGUGGGGUCCACGCCGAAUGCCGGGACGUUUAGUAUCUUGUUAAAUAUGUUCGGGAAAAACGGUAGGUAUGAAGACGUGAGAGAUCUCUUUCUCGAGAUGAAGGUGAGUAAUACUGAGCCGGAUGCUAAUACGUAUAACAUAAUGAUCGAUGUUUUUGGCGAGGGGGGGUAUUUUAAGGAGGUGGUCACUUUGUUCCAUGAUAUGAUAGAGGAAAAUGUGGAGCCGAAUAUGGAGACAUACGAGGGGUUAAUUCGUGCCUGUGGGAAAGGUGGGCUUUAUGAGGAUGCAAAGAGGAUUUUGCUUCAUAUGAAUGAAAAUGGAUUUAUUCCGAGUUCCAAAGCAUAUACUGGGGUGAUUGAGGCCUUUGGUCAGGCGGCCUUAUAUGAGGAGGUUGUUGUUGCUCUUAACACGAUGAACGAGAUUGGGAGUGUGCCGACUAUCGAGACCUAUAAUACUCUGAUUCAUGCGUUUACGAAAGGCGGGCUUUACAAGGAAGCUGAGGCUAUUUUGUCAAGAAUGGACCAGUUGGGUGUUCCUAAAAAUAGGAAUAUAUUGAAUGGUAUGAUUGAGGUUUAUAGGCAGGGAGGCCAGUUUGAGGCGGCCAUAAAGGCUUAUGUUGACCUGGAGAAGAUAAACGCUCAUCCGGAUGAAUACACUCUUGAAUCGGUCUUGAGCGUGUAUUGCGUUGCGGGCCUUGUUGAUGAGAGUGAGUUACAGUUUGGGGAGAUUAAGGAGUUGGUUGGCCAUCCUAGUGUUAUGUGUUACUGUAUGAUGCUGGCAGUAUAUGCGAAUUCCGACAGGUUAGACAAGGCCAGUGAAUUGCUAAAUGAGAUGCAGACAAAUAAGGUGUCAAAUAUUCACCAGAUUAUAGGACAUAUGAUUAAGGGAGAUUAUGAUGACGACAGUAAUUGGCAAAUGGUGGAGUACGUAUUUGACAAGCUCAAUUCUGAGGGAUGUGACUUACGAAUGAGGUUCUAUAACACUAUUCUCGAAGCACUUUGGUGUUUAGGACAGAAAGAAAGGGCUGCAAGGGUGCUUCAUGAAGCAACAAAGAGGGGAUUAUAUCCAGAAUUAUUUCGUAAAAAUAAACGUAUAUGGUCUGUAGACGUGCACAGGAUGUGGCCUGGUGGUGCAUGUACUGCAAUAUCAGUCUGGCUGAACAAUAUGCAAAAGCUGUUCAAUAAAGGGGAGGAACUUCCUCAACUAGCGACUGCUAUUGUCGUACGAGGGCAGAUGGAAAAGAGCUCAAUAACUCGAGACUUUCCGGUCACAAAAGCUGCUUACUCCUUCCUAAAAGACAUAUCAUCAUCCUUCUGUCUUCCCGGUUGGAAUAAAGGGAGAAUAAUUUGUCAAAAGCCUCAGCUUAAGCGUAUCUUCAUCAAAACCGAACCAUCUUCAGAAGACUCAGAAAUCGAGGAGAUAGUUAGUUUGCACAAUACUCCUUUUCCUGUAUUAAAGGCAAGAACAUCCAUGAGCGGCCUAAAGCAAGAAAAAGCCAACAAACUAAGUUUUAGGUCUGUUAGUGAACUUAUGGCAAGUGGGGUAUGAAAAUUUUCGUAAGAUAGCUUCAUCCUGAAUCGAGCUGAGAAAAUCCUAGGACCAAGUGAAAAUUAUACCUUGAAGUGGGGCCCGUUGUUGGAUAUUGAGUUUUUAUGUCCUUUCAAAGAUGAGAACUUCGGCUUGCCAAAGAGGCAACGUUGCCUAACACAUAACGUGUCUCUGUUGAGUUUUGAGCUUCACAUUGUGGGAUACUGUUGCUAUAUCUGAAUCCCACUUUGUGUUGUCUGGUUUUAGUGGCAGAAAACCUUAAUGACAAUGUGGAAAUUUGUUGCCACUUGGAUAAGCAUAAUGUACGAGAAUCUGGAAAAGUGGAUUCGGCAUAAUGGAAAUGAAAAGUGUUCACAUUUUUUAUUUUUUUUAUUUUAUUU